AUGGUGAAUAAGUCGAUGAACCGUGAAAACCCGUCUGUCGCGUCAAACACGGCUUGGGUACCGUCGGCAGCGGUGUCCUCAUCGGGCUCGUCAUCAGCAACAGCACUAUGUGGCCCAAACUCUAUUACCACAACCAGCACAACAACAACAGAUCGUAGCGGUAGCCGCUCUGGAUCUCCGCCUUCGCAGUUUAUGGGUCCUACGGCACCAAACCACGGCGUGGCAGCUCCACAUCAGAAGAAUCUCGCACGCGUUCAAGCAACAGCUCCCCCAGUUCCAGUGGUCACUUGUUCCCCGUCUUCGCUUUCAACUCAAAGCGUAGCUCCACAGAUUGCAACUAUUGGCGCCACCGAACAUACUGAUAGCAGCGCAGAGGUGCUCUCGGUUUUUGAAUGUCCUGUUUGCUUGGAAUACAUGCUACCGCCAUACCUACAAUGUCAAGCUGGUCACCUAGUUUGCGGUAAUUGUCGUCCAAAACUGCAGUGCUGCCCGACCUGCCGUGGACCAACACCCAGCGUUCGUAACCUUGGUCUUGAAAAGAUUGCCAACACUGUUCGUUUUCCAUGCAAAUUCGCCUCCUCCGGUUGUCCACUUUUCUUUUAUCACUUCGACAAAGUCGAACAUGAGGAAACUUGUGAAUGCCGCCCUUACAGCUGUCCUUGCCCUGGUGCUGCAUGUAAAUGGCAGGGAGCCUUAAACGAUGUCAUGGACCAUCUCAAGAAAGUACACAAAAGCAUAACUACUUUACAAGGAGAGGACAUUGUAUUCCUUGCGACAGAUAUCAAUUUACCUGGUGCAGUCGACUGGGUCAUGAUGCAGAGCUGCUUUGGCUACAACUUCAUGCUUGUACUAGAAAAACAAGAAAAAUUCGACCAUGGACAGCAAGUUUUUUACGCUGUUGUGCAGCUUAUUGGUGCUAAAAAAGAAGCAGACAAUUUUAUGUAUCGUUUGGAAUUGUCUACACAUCGUCGUCGCCUUUGUUGGGAAGCUACACCACGUUCUAUUCAUGAAGGUGUAGCUCAUGCAAUUCAGCUAUCAGAUUGCCUUGCCUUUGACACUCCUACGGCUCAGCUGUUUGCGGAAAAUGGAAACCUCGGGAUUAAUGUUACUAUCAGCAUGGUGUAA